CUCGCGAGUCCCGGGCGAGCCAGAAGCCAAAGGGCAACUCGGGCGGGAAAGUCCCUGCAACUGGAGACACGGUUUGGUGCGCGCGUCGUCCCGCCGCCGUCAGUGGAGCACGCGACACCCGUACCUGGGGUUCCCCGGCCGGCCGCCCCAGCCGGCCUUCGCGCGGCCGCACAGGUGGGCGUCGGCGGUGGGCGCCGGCAGGUGAGCCUCCAGGCGGGAGCCCCGAACCAGCCUCUCCUCUGACGACCGUCAGCUGCUGCUGCAGCCACCAGCCCGUCCCUGCCCAGGCCUGUCGCUGUGCCGCCUCUCAGCCGGGGCAGCAGAAUGAAAGAAGUCAUGUCCAACAACAGCACCACUAGCAUCUCGCAAGCCAGGAAGGCUGUAGAGCAGCUCAAGAUGGAAGCCUGUAUGGACAGGGUCAAGGUCUCCCAGGCAGCCGCGGACCUCCUGGCCUACUGUGAAGCCCACGUACGUGAGGACCCCCUCAUCAUCCCAGUGCCUGCGUCGGAAAACCCCUUCCGAGAGAAGAAGUUCUUUUGUACCAUCCUCUGACUCCAUGGGUUAUGACGUGGCUCCUUUUCUGUCCUUAAAUUCCCUGGUAGAGACUGCAUGCUCUUAGCUCUAGGGAGUCCCAGCCCACCCCUGCCCUCCCCAGCCAGGAUGGCUGGGACCUGCCUCUCUCCAUUGGUUUUCUUCGUUGCGUUCUAUUUCAUGCCUUCUUUUCAUUCUCAUGGUAUUUCCAUCACUGGCAAAGCAAAUAGAUCUUUUCAUAGCCCAGUAACACAUGUGCCAAGUGAAAAUAAGUAUGAGGUUAAGGGUUUAACUUUUUAAAGCAUCAAUUCCCAUUUUCAGUACAUCAAGUUCAUACAUUCCAGUGCUUAAUUUAUGGAAAAGAAAAACUGUACAACGCCCCCCGCCCCACAUUCCCAAUAAUUCAGUAGCAAAUUAGAGCAUUUGGACCCACUGAGCUAUGUGGAUAAAGUUUUCAUCUGGAAGUUCUCUCUCCUGCUUUUCCAUUAUCCUAAGAGAAAGGAAAUAACCCACAGCAUCAGAUGGUUUUCCUGAUGUGUGUGGGGCCCAGACCCCGCCGAGAACAAGUCCCUGCUUCUCACUGAUUACCACCGACCACUUUGGAAGGGGGUCCUUCUACAAAUGUCGAUAUUGGGGUACUGCUGUAGCAAGCCUCAGUGUCCGUGCGACACUGUCUGUCUGUGUGCUCGAGCUGCACCCGCCGAGGGCAUCGUCUUCCCCUCCACGUGCCGUGUCUUCCUGCCCCUCUUACUCUGACUUCUCGUAGUUCUCACAUGGCUCCAUUAAUAGAGACUUGCUCUGGGCGCAGCCCAGGGCCCGUGGGCUGACACCAGAGUGGUCCCUGCCCCAGAGCGAGCCACAGGGCAGCCGCUCCCUCUAAACCAUCCGAGCAUUGACUGUAUUCACUUAUUUAAUCCUCUCGCAAUCCACAAAUGCCACAAGAGUAGUCUGUUUUAAAGAGAGGCAACCGGGGCGCCUGGAUGGCUCAGCAGGUUAAGCACCAAC